AUGGCGGGGGGCCGCCGGUUGGAGCUAGCGGAAGCCCUGGCGCUGGGGUCUGGCUGGCGGCACGCGUGCCACGCGCUACUCUACGCGCCGGAUCAGGGGCUGCUCUUCGGCCGCAUCCCGCUGCGCUACGCCGUACUGAUGCAGAUGCGCUUUGAUGGGCGCCUGGGCUUCCCUGGAGGUUUCGUGGACGCGCAGGACGGCAGCCUGGAAGAUGGGUUGAACCGCGAGCUGCGGGAGGAGCUGGGCGAGGCGGCGGCCGCUUUCCGCGUGGAGCGCGCGGACUACCGCAGCUCGCAUGCCGGAUCCGGGCCGCGCGUCGUGGCCCAUUUCUACGCCAAGCGCCUGACGCCAGAGCAGCUGGCAGCAGUGGAAGCCGGCGCACCGCGAGCCAAGGACCACGGGCUGGAGGUGCUGGGCCUAGUGCGGGUCCCCCUGUAUACCCUGUGGGAUGGCGUGGGAGGCCUGCCUGCCUUUCUGGAGAAUUCCUUUAUUGGUGCUGCACGGGAGCAACUUCUGGAAGCCCUCCAGGACUUGGGAUUGCUGGACUCUGGCUCCAUCCAGGCCCUUAAGAUCCCAGCUCGUCACUAG